AUGUGUGUAUUUAAUAAUGAUGGAACCAGUGCGGGUCACAAAAAGGUCACGGGUGUUUUUCUCCAUACAGUGAUCCACUCGCUCAAGAAUAUCGUGAUUGCGUCGUUUCAAAUUCCAAACUUCCCAGAGUAUUUGAGCGCGGGCUACGUUGACGGCAUUCAGAUUUUACAAUACGACAGCAAGAGCAGGAAAUUGGUAGCAAAACAGGAGUGGAUGAAGAAAAUCAUAGCAGAGGACCCACGCUACUGGGAGAGACAGACAGAAAUCAAUAUUGAUAAUCAGCAGGCCAACAACGUCAGCAUUCAAAUUCUUCAAGAGCGCUUCAACAAAACAGGAGGUCUUCACAUGAUUCAGUGGAUGUCUGGUUGCCAAUGGGACGAUGAGACCGACCAGGUCGAUGGUUGGACUCACUACGCUUACGACGGAGAAGACUUCAUAUGGUUUGAUUUGAAGGGAAUGAGAUGGAUCGCCGUCCACCCGCGGGCUGUCAUCACCAAAAACAAGUGGGACCGAGAAGAGGGCUAUAAUGAAUUCUUGAAGUUUUACGCAACUGAGGACUGCCCUUCUUACUUGAAGAAGUACCUGAGCUUUGGGAGGGACGUCCUGAGGAGAACAGAGCUCCCACGGGUGUCCCUGCUGCAGAAGACGGCGGGAUGGCCGGUCACCUGCCACGCUACCGGUUUCUACCCAAGGGCGGCCGUCCUCUUCUGGAGGAAGGAUGGCGAGCGGCUCGACGAGAACGUGGAGAUGAACGAGAUCCUUCCCAACCACGACGGGACCUUCCAGACCAGCGCUCGCCUCGUAACGGUGGACGAGCGCGCUCGCUACGAGUGCGUCUUCCGGCUGGACGGCGUGCCGGAGGACGUCGUCACCCCGCUGUACCUCGCCAAGGUGUUGAGCAACGAGCGCAUAGAAGAGCGACAAAGGAGGAGGACGGUGGACAUCACCAUCCCUUUGGUCCUCCUUUUUCUUGCUGUCGCUGUCUUGGUCUUCAAGUACAAGAAGGCACAGACAGUCUGCUUAUCUCGAGGAAAGGAGGCAAGCUGUCCCAAAACAUCUGAUAAACAUGGAGGCUGGGAUGAGUGCUGAAUCAGACAGUGUGCACGGAGGAUCUACGUCUCCUCCAAAAAUGGAGCGUACAGUCGCUGAAGGGGAAAUGACUGAGCCAGCCCUGCCAGGCUGUGACCAACCCUCCUCUGCUGAGGCUCCACUGCCUCAACGGGAGGAGACCCUGGUAGCAGGUGAUCGACCCCCUUCAGACGAGACCCAA